CUGCUACUCUUUAUUUCUAGGGAGAAAGUUUUCAAUGACAAAAGCGACGACAAUCAACCUCAUCUUACGCAGCCGAGCACAUCUGCAUUGCCAUAUGUGAACGGGACGAGCUCAGUUGUUCAGGACAUCAACUCAGAAUGUGCAGCUACUGAUAAUAAUCCGAAGUGCAAAGAAGAGACUGGGCAUAGACACAGCGAAGGCAGGGAAACAAAGCAUGACAAAAAGGACAAACUGCCUAGGAUAUCUAACAAGUUCCGAAAAUUUGUCGUUGUCGAUACACAUCCAAAUGGUGGUGCUUCUAUACUGAGGACAGAUUGGAAUAACAUUCGCAAGCAUUUUGAUACGGAAGAAAGGAUAGAAUUUGCCAAACAAUUUAUCCGACUUGGACUUGCGGAAUCUAAUGGAGUUCCUGUUUUCGUAAUUGGAAUCCUUGAAAAUGCAGCGUCAUACCUUGCUGAUGUUUUCCAAUACAUGCAUGAGAAGCAUCCUCAGUUACCAGUGAAGUUUCUUGACUUUUCAGCUUUAACAAAAGAGAAGUUUCUUUCAGCUUUUUUACAUACUGCACUUCAGGUUGGCUCUCUGACAAAUAAACAACUGGUGGAAACGAUGCCCUUUAAUAGUUACUACAAGCAGGUCAUGGAAACCUGCCAUCACGGCACCUUUCGCGCUGGUCCAAUGCAUUCGCUGUCGAUGGUUGGUGCAAAGCAAGAGGAAUGUGGUGACUACUUCGCUGACCUCUUGGCAGAGUUGGAGAAAUCUCCGAUCCUUCACCCAAUAAUGCCAUGGGGAGAAUGGUCGGCUCUACAACUUGACACAAUUACUGAAUGUGACGAUGGGCCUAUUUUUUGGGUUCGUCCAGGUGAACAGUUGAUACGUACUGAUGAUGUAAAGGACGAUCGCGAGAGCAAAAGAAAGAAAUGUACGCCGACAGGGCGAGGGCAUUCACAUGCUAUCAGGCACUAUGAACGACGUGAGCUGUUGUUCGAGGAUAGAACGCCAUGCCAUGCCGAUCAUGUUGGUGAUGGAUUGGAAAGAAAAACAACAGCGGCAGUUGGAAUUCUUCAAUCGAUCCGUAACGCCAAUGAAAAGUAA